AUGCAACCACGAGAAAUGCCCGGGAUUGAUGAGGAAUCGCCACUUUUACGUGGUGAUGAAUCUAGGCGUGACAGCCAUCAAGGCAAAAAGUUAGUUGAACUGUCAUAUGAAGAUGGCUCACAUCCAAGAUCAUGGUCGAAAUGGGACAAGCUUGCGAAUAUUGGAAUUGUAGCUUCCAUGGCAUUACUAGGACCGCUUGCCUCCAGCAUGUUUGCCCCAGGAAUCGAUCAAAUUGCCAAAGACCUUGAUGCUACAACUAGUCAGGUCAUCGCAUGCCAGACCGGUUUUGUAUGUAUGCUAGGAGUAGGACCUUUGCUACUGGCCCCCUUGUCAGAGACCUUUGGCAGGAAAGUGCUGUAUCUCAGCUGCUUCGCCGUCUUUACGCUUCUCCAAAUACCUACGGCUCUAUCACCAAAUGUCACGACUCUUAUUAUCAUGCGGACCAUCGCUGGUUUUUUCGGAAGCGUGUCUAUUGCUAACGGUGGUGGGACGAUCAGCGACAUGUACAUUCCAAGCGAGAGAGCAGGCAUAUUUGGAUGGUAUCUUCUUGGGCCCCUUCUCGGUCCAUCGCUCGGUCCCAUACUGGGCGCUGUCAUCAUGGCUAAUCUAAAAUGGCCAUGGCUGUUCUGGAUUCUUCUUAUCCUUUGCGUGGUUCUGGUCACUUCAGCUUUCUUCUUUCUACGAGAAACGUAUGUCCCUGUUCUACUCUCACGACGUAAGAAAGAGCUCGAAAAAGAUGGGGGCAAUUACUACUACGAGGGUGAGGAUGAUAGGCCACUUACAACGAAGUUGCGGGAGUCCAUAAAGAGGCCUCUCACCAUUCUCUUUCUUCAACCUAUAGUCAUCACAAUGGCCACUUAUCAGGCCCUUCUCUUCGCUACGACCUACAGUCUUUACACCCAGUUCCAGCGUAUUUACGGUGGUUUGUACGGAUUCGACACUAUUCAAGUUGGCUUCAUCUAUCUUGGACCUGGUCUUGGUUUCCUAACUGCUGUUUGGUUCCUCGUACCCAAGAUCGACACGGUCUUCAACCGCCUUUCAAAGAAAUAUGGACAAGAAAAGCCCGAAUAUCGCUUACCUCUGGCCAACGUCGGUGCGGUUCUCAUUCCAAUCACGCUCUUUUGGUUUGCAUGGACUGUCGAAUAUCAUGUCCAUUGGGCUGCCACUCUUGCCGCGACAUUUUUUUACGGCAUCGGGCAGGUAUCGAUUUUCAAUUGUGUACAGAAUUAUUACAUUGACAGCUUCGAGAAAUAUGCAGCCUCUGCUAUUGCAGCUGGUGCAUUGUUCCGGAGUCUCAUCGGUGGCGUGGUUCCCAUCUUCACACCUAGUCUAAUUGACAAAUAUGGAGUCGGUUGGGGAAUAAGCGUCUUUGCUUUCAUCGGUGUGCUAUUGGCGCCAAGUCCUCUGAUAUUUUAUAUCUAUGGAGAGCGGAUCAGAGAAAGAUUUGCCAUCAAGCUGUGA